UACACGAUCUUUGGAGUCCGUAAGUGAUUUUUCUUCUAGGCGCAGCGCAGUGCAGUGCAGGUUUGAGAAGUAGAACGUAACAGAUCAGUGGCUUCGACAGCUCGUGGUUGUGUGAUGAUGUAGCCUGGGUGUGAGUUCGAGACUGGGGGAAGUUUGGACGGUAGAAGAAAAAUUUGAAUGAUAAGACCACAGUUUCAGCUGUCCUGAGUCCUCUACCAUGAGCUACCACAGAUACAGCACCGCCCAGCGUGUUGGGGUGGCCGGCGUCCUUGUGGGCUUCAUGUUGUGUGUGGUAGCUGUCUGUACGCCUUACUGGAAACGUGGGGAACUGGAUCUGGCUUCGGCGACCGGCCUCUCUAUACUGCGGAGAUUCCCGAUCUUUUCUGGAGUCAGGGUGGUGUCUCUUCGUGCGGGUGUCUUCUACUACUGUCUGCAGGAGGGCUCUGCCAAGGACGAAUGUAAAAAACCUCCCAUUGAACUGGCCAAAGGAGGAUCAAUACCGUGAACAACCAAAUGAUGAACCGAGGAGGUCCUUAUAUUUCUUCCCUAACCGAUAUCACUGCGCCAUACAAUGUUGGUCCUAUUUCUUCGUCAAGUGGUAUCAUUGCACCAUACAGGGGAGGUCCUCUGUCUUCUCCAAGUAGUGUCCUUGCACCGUACAAAGGAGGUCCUCUGUGUUCUCCAAGUGGUAUCCUUGCGCCGUAUAAAGGAGGUCCUAUUUCUUCUCCAGGUGGCAUCCCACCAUCAUACAAAAGAGGUCCUAUUUCAUCUUCAAGUGAUAUCCCUACGCCAUACGACGGCGGCGGUCUUAUUCUGGCGCCAAACAAAAGAGGCCUAGUUUCUUCUCCAACGAAGAGCUCUGAUAAAUUUAUUUUUCCCAACACGGAAACGUGCCUGAUGACGACACCGACAGUGGGAAAACGACCAAAACCACAAACUGGAAAAUAUUAGUAAAUUAUUGGAUGAACUUCGGAUCAGUUGAUCUUUUUUUUUUUCACUCCCCAA